AUGUCGGCUCGAGGGAAGGUGUCUCAAAGAUCGGCGCCCAAACAAAAUGUGUCGCAAAGGACGUCAUCGCGGUCAGCACCAGCACCACCUUCAGAAAGAAGUGCGCCUUCACAACCACCGGGAGCAGCACCAGGAUCGGCGCCCAAACAAAAUGUGUCGCAAAGGACGUCAUCGCGGUCAGCACCAGCACCACCUUCAGAAAGAAGUGCGCCUUCACAACCACCGGGAGCAGCACCAGGAGAAGAACAGGAUACAGCGACAAAAAUACUAACCACUAUUCAAAAUAUUUUGACAGGUUCGGAUCUAACCAAGGGAGAAGAUGCGCCGUGGGCCAGGAGGACUCAGCCAGCUGCGCGACGUUAG